ACGUUUUAGAUUUUAAGAACGAAAAAUAGAGACGGGGUUGUGUCAUUUACAAGGGGAGGGCGCGACCUGAGCGCGACCUGAGCGGAAGCCCUCGCUCCUUUAGUGAAGAAGAUGGCGGCCCUGCGAGCGGUGGUGUCGACCGGUACCGGGAGGACUCUUCUGGCCGCGCCGAAAUCAGUCCAUACUUCCCGGGCCAACAUGUCGUUUUCCAGUCUGUCUCGAGGAAAGAAGGUGGGCCUGUCUACGCUGGGCGUGCUGGCAGCAGGGGGCGCUGGUCUGGCCCUGGCGCUUCAGCAGUCCGUCAAAGCCUCUGACCUGGAGCUGCACCCCCCCUCGUACCCCUGGAGCCACGGUGGCUACCUGUCAUCCCUGGACCAUGCCAGCGUUCGCCGAGGGUAUCAGGUGUACAAGCAGGUGUGCUCCGCCUGCCACAGCAUGGAGUACCUGGCCUUCCGUAACCUGGUGGGAGUCUCGCACACAGAAGCCGAGGUCAAGGUUUUGGCCGAGGAGAUUGAGGUGGUGGAUGGUCCAGAUGACUCCGGAGAGAUGUUCACCCGCCCAGGAAAGCUCUCGGAUUACUUCCCCAAACCAUACCCCAACGGCGAGGCCGCCCGCGUGGCCAACAAUGGAGCCCUGCCCCCCGACCUCAGCUACAUCGUCAACGCCAGGCACGGGGGGGAGGACUACGUCUUCUCCUUGUUGACGGGGUACUGUGACCCCCCCGCGGGAGUGGAGGUCCGGGAGGGACUGUAUUACAACCCCUACUUCCCCGGCCAGGCCAUCGGCAUGGCGCCCCCCAUCUACAACGAGGUCCUGGAGUACGACGACGGCACUCCGGCCACCAUGAGCCAGGUGGCCAAGGAUGUCUGCACCUUCCUCCGCUGGGCAGCUGAACCUGAACACGACCAACGCAAGCGCAUGGGACUGAAGCUGCUAAUGGGUACUGCCAUCCUGGUCCCGCUUGCCUACUACAUGAAGAGGCAUAGAUGGUCCGUGCUGAAGAGCCGCAAGAUCGCCUACAGGCCACCCAAAUAAAGCAUCGACGCGCUCUCACUUUCCCACGACCAUCAACACCUGGAGUAUUUCUUUGGUCUUUGUGCACAUUCAAUGAGUGGCAGUUGUGAGCGUCGGUGGGUGCAGGGCCUCUUUUCAGAGCACGUUGUUCUACCCGGGAGGGCAGGGUUAAGCAUUUCUGACAUUGUCACACAACAUGUUUUACUGUAAAGCAUACACAUUAUCAAAAGGCAACCAUUCGAGAUGUCUAUCAGUAGGCAGCGCCUGUUCUGUUGAGGGGGGAACUCGACUCGAUACAAUCUUCCCGAGUUUGUGAACUGUCCCUUAAUGAGUUCACUUGUGUAAAUAUUUAAUAUACAGUGGCGUACCUAAUAAAGUCAUAAUUUAACCUUCCUGAAA